AUGGCAGGGCCCUUCCUGUUCAGUUUCCCCUUCGAAUCAGGACGCCCCUUGACCGAUCUCGAGUACGCUGAAGAUGUUGUUAUAUUCGAGGAAAGCAGUACGAAACUUGUAAAGUUAUGUCCGGAUGUUCGCUACUACGUCAAGCUGAACAACCCCUUGAUGUUUAAGCAAGCGGUAGUGAAGACCCAAAUGGUCGACCAGCUGUUGGUCAAGGCUACAGCUGAUCGUUUGAUCAACCCACCGUGCGCAGCACGUGCGAUAGAGGUGAUGGCAGUGACGGCCGAGCCGUUACAGACCGAUUAUGGAGAAUGCAGCAUAGCCAGCUGUUACAAUUGUGGAGGAAUUGGUCGUCUUGCUCGAAAAUGCCCGUCGUUCAGAGUCCCGUCACCGGAUGCAGUCAACGUUGUGCACCCUGAUUCUGAUUCUCUUUUGUUGCUGUUGCUAGCGUACGUUCUAACCGCGAUCCGGCUGAAUUCCAGUAUGGCUUCUUCUGGAAGCCCCCGCAGCCGCGGCCUGUUCCGCGACGUGGCGGGACACAUGAACACAUGA